UCACAGGUCCACUGCAACAACAUGUUCGCCAAAGGGGUGAAGAUCUUCAAGGAGGUGCAGUGCUACUUCCGCGCCGAUGCCAGCGAGUGGGAGCCCAGUGCCGUCUCCUCGGUGCUGGUGCUGGAUGACGUGAACCCCAGUGCCCGCUUCGUUACCGUGCCCCUGCUCCACCGCAUGGCCAACGCCAUCAAGUGCCAGUACUACUUUGCUGAUGCCUGGAUGAUGUUCAGCGAGAUCACCUUCCAGUCGGAUGCAGCCAUGUACAACAACUCGGUGGCGCCGCCCAACAUGCCUGUGGUCCCCACGACUUACGACCCCACACUCAAGGUAGAUGACAGCAACACGCGCAUCCUGAUCGGGUGUCUGGUGGCAAUCAUCUUCAUCCUGGUGGCCAUCAUUGUCAUCAUACUGUGGCGGCAGUUCUGGCAGAAGAUGCUGGAGAAGGCGUCACGGAGGAUGCUGGAUGAUGAAAUGACUGUCAGCCUCUCCCUGCCCAGCGAAUCCAGCAUGUUCAACCACAACCACUCCUCCUCCUCCAGCGAGCAGGAGUCCAGCUCCACCUAUGACCGCAUAUUCCCCCUGGGACCCGACUACCAAGAGCCCUCCCGCCUGAUCCGCAAGCUGCCUGAGUUCAGCCCAGGGGAGGACACGGGCUGCGGCGGCCCCAUGAAGCUGUCCCAGGCCAGUGUCCCUGAGGGCGUCCCCCACUACGCUGAGGCCGACAUCGUGAACCUUCAGGGUGUGACGGGAGGAAACACCUACUCAGUACCAGCCCUCACCAUGGACCUGCUCUCGGGCAAGGAUGUGGCUGUCGAAGAGUUCCCCAGGAAGUUGCUGACCUUCAAGGAGAAGCUGGGAGAAGGCCAGUUUGGGGAGGUUCAUCUCUGCGAAGUGGAGGGGAUGGAGAAGUUCACAGGCAAGGACUUUGCUUUGGAGGGCUUGGAUGUCAGCUCCAACCACCCUGUGCUGGUGGCUGUGAAGAUGCUGCGAGCAGAUGCCAACAAGAAUGCCAGGAAUGAUUUUCUGAAGGAAAUCAAGAUCAUGUCACGACUGAAGGACCCCAACAUCAUUCGGCUGCUGGCGGUCUGCAUCGCUGAUGACCCGCUGUGCAUGAUCACCGAAUACAUGGAGAACGGAGACCUCAACCAAUUCCUGUCCCGCCAGCAGGCAGAGAGCCCUCUCGCUGGCCAGGCACCCACUGUCAGCUACAGCGACCUGCGGUUCAUGGCCACCCAGAUCGCCUCCGGCAUGAAGUACCUCUCCUCCCUCAACUUCGUGCACCGAGACCUGGCCACACGCAACUGCCUGGUGGGGAAGCAGUACACCAUCAAGAUCGCCGACUUUGGCAUGAGCAGGAACCUCUACAGCGGGGACUACUACCGCAUCCAGGGGCGGGCGGUGCUCCCCAUCCGCUGGAUGUCCUGGGAGAGCAUCCUCCUGGGCAAGUUCACACCAGCCAGUGAUGUGUGGGCGUUCGGUGUGACGCUGUGGGAAACCUUCACGCUCUGCCGGGAGCAGCCCUACUCCCAGCUGUCUGACGAGCAAGUUAUCGAAAAUACUGGCGAGUUUUUUCGGGACCAGGGCCGGCAGACCUACCUUCCCCAGCCUAUACUUUGCCCUGACUCAGUCUAUAAGCUAAUGCUCAGCUGCUGGAGACGGGACACUAAAGACCGUCCCUCCUUCCAGGACAUCCAUCGCCUUCUCCAAGAGUCAGCCAGUGAAGAAUGACCUUUUGCUCCCCCCUAGCCUGGUCCCCAUCCCUUCCCGUUCCCAGAGGAGCCCCAGACGCAAACCAAAGCCACUUCACACGGACCUAGCGAUAAAGCCCGGGCGGUGGGCCUUGUUCUCAUUGUACAGUGAAGCCUUAGAAGAAGACACCAAGGGCAGCCAGGAGAGCCAUGGCGUGGGACGACUUGGACCUCCCGGUCGCUUGCUGACCUAAGGCCAGGAACAAGGCGGGCUGAGACGAGGGUUAUUUAUUGACGCAGCGUGUU